CUUUUUGAAAACACUCUAAAAAUUGAUUUAUUAGCAGUGACUUUACUAGAAAAUAAAUAAAUUUCUCCAUUGAGAUAAAGUUGAUUGAGUAAUGAAGAUCGAAAAUAGGCUUGUAAAAUUGUAAAACCCUCAGCACGACUCUAGAGAGAGAAAUUCGCUCUGUUGCGAGAGAGAAAGAUGAAAGGAGGGAAAAAGAGAAAUACCAAUUCUGACCCCGUUCAGCCCGAGCUCCCAACCGCCCUCAACGACGCCGGCGAUGAGGACCGCCAAAAAAGUUCAGAGGACAGCGGGAGGCGCGAAGAUGCGGGGGAUGCUGUUGAGGACGAAGAGGAUUCCGAACAGGACGAAAACGCUCAAAUUGAGGGCGUGCGGACGAAGCUCGCCGAUGGAUUCUACGAGAUGGAAGCCGUACGCAGGAAACGAGUUCGGAAGGGUCAAUUGCAGUAUCUUAUUAAAUGGCGAGGCUGGUCGGAGGCGGCGAAUACGUGGGAGCCGGUGGAGAAUUUAUUGCAGUGUUCUGAUAUUAUUGAUGCAUUUGAAGAAAGUCUGAAAUCUGGGAAAAGUAGGUGGACACGCAAGAGAAAGCGCAAGGCUGGUGUAUCAAACGUUCAAACCAAGAAAAAACUGAAUCAUCAUAAUCAUCAUCAACAACAACAUCAGCAGCAGCAGAAUUCUCCUGCAGCAGCUGCUACUUAUAAUAUGCCCUCUCAUGUAAUCAGGAUUCCAGAGGAGCCAAUCUCCUUUUCCACGCUAAAUGACUUGAGUUGUACAAAUGGGAUUGAUGCGAAUAAUAUCAGUGUCACAAAAAGUGUAAAAACCUCCAACAGAGUGAAUGAGAAUGGUGUGAAAAUGGGUUCUGCUACAAGAGAUGAAGAUAAUGAGCUAAAUGAGUUGGAUUUGAAACUGUGUGAACUGAAAGGAGCGAUGGUGGUAAGUUCAGAAGACACUGAUAGAGUUGCUAAAACAUCCCAAGAAGUCCAACUAGCAGGAGGAGAUACCUUGGCGAAUGGAUUGAGUAAGAUCGAUUCAGUCCAUUUAGGUCGUUUCACUGGAGCUAAAAAGAGGAAAUCUGGUUUUGUCAAGAGGUUCAAGAAAGAUCCAGAAUUCUGCUCCAUGGAUAAUGCAUCAAAUGAAAUCUUGGCAUGUGCUUCACUUGUUCAACAGCCAGAGUUUCUUGGAAACAAUAUGAGUUGCAAGAGUAAACAUGAAGAUUCCAAAAGCAUGUGCUCCAUCACUGAAAUUGUCAAGCCCAUAAGCUAUAAGGCUUCCAUAUCUAACAAUGCCCAAGAAGUCCUGGUAGCCUUCGAGGCCAUAAGGUCUGAUGGAACCAAAGUUAUAGUGGAUAACAAAUUUUUGAAAGCUAACAAUCCACUUUUGCUCAUAGACUUUUAUGAGAAACAUUUACGUUAUAGCCCAACAUGACGAAACUAAGUAAACCGAGUUCAUGCAAUCAGAAGCAACAUCGUUUCACAUUCCUUGUUGUAUAGUAUCGUAGUUCAAGUUUGUUGUGGCAGAAGGCCAGUUGUAGGCCAUGUAGCAGAGUUCCUGUCUAUAGAAGGGGGUAAAUAGUUGCUGGAUAUAUAACAGCUGAACUGUUCUUAUUGUGGGUUCUGUUUAUCAAUUCAUGUAAUAUGGUUGACUUGUCAACUUCUCCUGGUAAUGAAUCAUUUUAUUAUUUCAGAGUA